CACUGGUCUGUCUGUCCUCCCGACUUCCUCGUCUCUAUGGUGCUUGUUUUGCAGCUGCGUCACAGGGAGGCGCCUCCCCCCCUGUAAAUGGCGGCAGCGCGGGAUUCUGACGCCAGUCAUACGGGGAUGCCGAGCAAGAGGUCACAGGCGAAAGGGCGAGCUGCCAAAGCUUUGAAGUCCCUGCAGUUUGCCAACCCAGGGCGGCAAACUGAGCUUCCACCAGAAACCAGCACGAGAGAGAAGAGGCGGCAGACCAAGGCCACAGCAGGGUCAGAUAGGCAGACCAUACCAUCAAAGAACAAAGUGUACGAUAGCCGAGGAAUCCUUCUCGUGAACGGCAGGGAUCUGUGCGAUUGUUUGGAUGAAGACUGCAUGGGCUGCUUCUACUCCUGCAGGAAAUGCGGCUCCAACAAGUGCGGCGUGGAGUGUAGGUGCGACCGCAAAUGGCUCUAUGAACAGAUCGAAAUAGAAGGAGGUGAAGUCAUCCGGAAUAAACAUGCGUGAUGUGGGUCGUCCCGCUAUGAAGUUUCUGGAGCUGAACUAUAGACAUUUAAAGGGGGUUCUACGAGGUAAAAACAUGGCUGCCUUCGUUCAGAAAAAGCACCACUUUGGUUCAUGGCUUGGAUCUAGUAUUGUGGUUAGGCUCCGGGCUUGAUCUGCAGUACCACACGCGGCCUGUGCACUGGCGUGGCGCUGUUUUUUGGAAGAAUGCAGCCAUGUGUCUCUAAUCUCGGUUAUCCCUUUUUCUUUUUUAACAAGGAUCCUCAGCUCCUCGUAUCUUUUCUACAGACUCUAAUAGAUUUUGGAUUCUUUGUCAUUUUCUACCGAAGAGAUCUUCAUGGGCCAGAAAGGGCCAAAUUGGUAUAAUUCCAUCUGCUCUUGGAAAUUUUUACAUUUUUUUUCUUUAAAAAUUUAAGGAAAAAUAUACAG